UCUCACUCUCUCGCGCGCACACACACGCGCGCACGAGGCUGCUUGAGUGCACGCGGUGGUGCGCUCCUGGAGAGCUGAUGUGCGGCGCGCGCGUCCGAACGCUGCUGCUCUGAGAGUCUCUCAGGUUUCAGGAAGUGUCGGAUUUGCUCUAUAUUAUGGUCGUGCAGCCGUGAUCCGCGGUGAUCAUCCUUCUGGAUCUCCGCUCGGGCACCAUGUCCACCCGGUACAGCCCGAUGUGUGUGCUCCUUCCCGCGGUCUGCGCGCGCGUUGUGUCCGUGCUGACGCUCUGCUGCCUCGGGAGAUUGUUUACAGCCGCUGCCUAUCCAGAUCAUCACAACACUUCUAAGCAUUAUGAGGUGAUUGAGCCGUACCUGCUCAUUGGAGGACAGCAGAGACCGGUUAGCCACAUCAAGUCACUGGGUCAUCCUGCAUCACUGAAAGUGCUGAUCAAAGUAAACGGGGAGCAGCUUUUACUUGCUUUGUGGAAAAAUGAAGGCUUGUUUGCUAGUCAUUACACAGAAACACACUACCUGGAGGAUGGAGUUGCCGUCACCACCUUACCUAAUGUCACGAUUCACUGCUACUAUCAUGGUGAGGUGAUGGGUCACCAGGGGUCAGAUGUUACCAUCAGCACCUGCACAGGACUCAGGGGCCUAAUUUCACUUGAAGAUGAAGUGUAUGUCUUGGAGCCGACGCAGGAGGGAAACACUCACCGUCUAUACAGAGGACAACAUCUAAAACUCACCCAGGGAACUUGUGGACACGGUCAUAAUAUUUCACAGCCUGCAGAGAUGUUCAACACUGCAGUCUUCAGCUCUCAUAGUGCACGGCAUAAAAGAGAUGCUCAGAGCAGCACCAAGCACGUGGAGCUGAUCAUUGUGGCAGACAACCGAGAGUAUCAGAAACAGGGGAAAGAUGUGGAGAAAGUGAAACAGAGGCUUGCGGAAAUUGCAAACUAUGUGGACAAGUUCUACAGGUCUCUGAAUAUCCGCGUGGCUCUGGUUGGACUGGAGGUGUGGAGUGACGGAGACAAAUGCUCUAUAACACAAGAUCCGUUCACAUCACUGCACGAGUUUCUGGACUGGAGGAAACUCAAGCUGCUGCCGCUGAGAGCCCAUGAUAACGCUCAGCUCAUCAGUGGUGUUUACUUCCAGGGCACCACCAUUGGCAUGGCUCCCAUCAUGAGCAUGUGCACCGCCGAGCAGUCAGGAGGCAUCGUCAUGGAUCACUCUGAUAACCCUCUCGGCGCUGCGGUCACUUUAGCCCAUGAGCUCGGACACAAUUUCGGCAUGAAUCAUGACACGCCAGAGCGCGGCUGCGGCUGCAGAGCCACUGUGGACCGCGGCGGCUGCAUCAUGACGCCCUCCACCGGGUACCCUUUCCCGACGGUCUUCAGCACGUGCAGUAAGAAGGAUCUGGCGGCAAGUUUGGAGAAAGGUGUGGGCAUGUGUUUGUUCAACAUGCCGGAAGUAAAGGUGCUUUAUGGAGGACAGAAGUGUGGAAACGGAUAUGUGGAGGAGGGAGAGCAAUGUGACUGUGGAGAUCUGGAGGAGUGUCUGAAUCCCUGCUGUAACGCCAGCACAUGCACACUGAAGGAGGAGGCCGUCUGUGCUCAUGGACAGUGUUGUGAAAACUGUCAGUUGAAGCCUGCAGGGACGCCGUGUCGUGAGUCAAGUAACUCUUGUGAUCUGCCGGAGUUCUGCACUGGCGCUGAUCCUCACUGUCCUGCUAACGUUUACCUGCACGACGGACACUCCUGUCAGGGUGUAGACGGACACUGUUACAACGGCAUCUGCCAGACACACGAGCAGCAGUGCAUCACUCUAUGGGGACAGGGUGCAAAACCCGCUCCAGGGAUCUGUUUUGAAAGGGUGAACUCUGCAGGAGAUCCAUACGGAAACUGCGGAAAAGACACAAAAGGCUCCUUUGCCAAAUGUGAAGCACGAGAUGCCAAAUGUGGGAAGAUCCAGUGUCAGGGUGGAGCCAACCGGCCGGUAAUAGGCACCAAUGCCGUUUCCAUUGAAACCAACAUCCCGCUUCAGGAGGGAGGACGAAUCUUGUGCCGCGGGACUCAUGUUUAUCUGGGAGACGACAUGCCGGAUCCGGGACUUGUGCUCACCGGCACCAAGUGUGGACAAAACAUGGUAAAAAUAUCAUUAAAACAGAGCCUUACUAAAGCUUAUUAUAAUCAAACUCAAACUCAUUCAGAUCUGACCUGAAUGUUGAUUAACAGCAUCUUAAGCAACCUAGUUUUCACUAUUAUGAGUUUAUUUUGAGUAAAACUGAUUUGCUGCUUUAAUAUAUAAACUCUUGAUGAUGUUUCUUCUUAUUGUAAAAUGAAAAUGUUUUCAUUUAGAGCAUUUAUUUUGUCUAAAAUAAAAAAUGCAAUCUCUUCAGACAAUACUAAUAUCUAAAGUUUGGAAGAGUUAGAAAAUCAACAACAUAGGCUCAUUCUGAAAAUGUGGCCCUAUAUACAUUUCUGGAGAUCCUGAAUUUUGUAGCCAGAGGUAUAUAUGGCUGCAUUUCAUCUUUAAAAUGAACGCUACGAGGACGGUAUGACGUCAUUCCUAUUCACGCUUACCAACUGACCGCUUACCUCUGUAUGGACGGCUUUCUUGCUGUUACCAGUUUGUCCAGUAGCUCACCAU